ACAACAUAUUUUUGGAUUAUGUAAUACUGUGGUACUCAUUCACUUACCGUAUCAACAGCAACGAAUGAAGCUGUUUUAAUUGCCACCACCAUAGCAGGCCAAAGUUCUUUGAAAUUGCCAUUCUGGACAUCAAUAACAGGGACGACAAAUGCGGACGCCAUUUCGCCAAGUGAAAGCUACUUGGCAGCGAAAAGGAAUACCGCACUUGGUCACUUCUACGUUUACUUGCGGUAGCUGAGCAAACCCUCAACUGUCUUCAUUCUAAGCUACUAACUCAAUAAGAAUCACUUUAAGAAGCGCCGACUAAGUGUAGGUAAUUUUGAAUGGGCAAGUAAACAUGGACACAACGUGCUCGACGGGUCCUGUGGUGUCAUACUCAUAGAGAGUUUACCAUAAGCCUGUUUUACCCGCAACGUUUAUUUGCAUUAUUAUCUAAGAUGUCAAUAUAAUAUCUUCAUUACAUUGCAAUCUAAUAAUUAUCAUUGUUAUUAUUUAAUGUAUUUCAUACUUUAUUCUGCCUAUCUCUUACAUUAACGUGUUUUUUUUCCCGUGUAUUUCUUUUAAUCAGGCAUUUGCUGCGGACAUAUAAAUUACGUCACAUACUCAACUAGCUAACCGAAGGUCGCCAUUUUGGCUCAAACAAAGUAAGGAAACAUUGAGUUGUAUGUGACUAUUUUGCAUUAUUUGGUUUAAUACGGUACAAUUCAUUUGCUGGACAGCCUUGUUAUGUGAGUGAGUUAAUAUUAGACGAAUAAUUAAUUUUUGUUCCAAAAACGUAAAGUUUUAUUUCCACAAAGUAAUGGAUAAAAUUUACCGAGCUUGUCUGUUAAUAUAACAAAAAAAAUAAUAACAUUGACGCAGGUUUUUUUUUUUUUUUUUCGUGUGCAAUGGGUGGAUGCUCGGCUCCUAACUGCACCAAUUCAACCAGCAUAGGGAAACAACUGUUUAGAUUCCCCAAAGACCCUGUCAGGAAGAAGAAAUGGGUUGUAAAUUGCCGACGUGACUUUGAACCAACUCCACACUCGAGACUGUGUCAAGACCAUUUUGAGCCGAGUCAGUUUGAAGAAUUGGCAAAGUCUCCAGCAGGAGGAAAGAAAUUGAAGCCCAAUGCCAUCCCGACUCUCUUCAGUGCUGGAGACCCUCCAUACCCUGCGGUUACUGCUCCGUUUAUUAUGCUACCCUUGAAACCUGAGCUAGUGGAGAAGGAGCUGAAUGUUGGCGACCAUGGCUAUGCUAGACGCACUCCUUUCUUCGGCCUGGAAGAGGAGGAUGGAGAUAGAACAGCUCUGGAUCAGCAGUCCUGCACACAAUGUCACCUCCUGAAGAAACAGCUGGAGAAAGAGAUGCAGCACACCAUGAAACUGCAAAAGGAGGCAGAGGAGAUGAAGAAGCGUCUCUACCGACUCGACCGGAUUGAGAAGGGACUCCAGAACUUUCUGUAUGAGGACCAGAUCCGUGCACUGUCUCUCACCAAGCGGUCUCGCCGAGCCGUCUGGUCUCCGGAGACUAUCCUGAAGGCCAGAAAGAUCCGAAGCGCAGUCGGCACCAAAGGCUACGAGUACCUGAGAGAGCUGGGCUACCCGUUACCCUCCUACCGGACUCUAUGUAACCGCUUGGAAACCAAAAUCAUGGUAACGACGGACAUGAGCUGUGAGGAACUGGCGGAACUGGGCCUGGGACUCAUGGCCACCUGCGAUAGCCCAACAGAAAAUGUUGGCGACAAUGAGGAAGAAGACCUUCUCGGUGUCUUGUCCUGAUCUUUGCUAUUUGAUUAACUCGUUAACCAUAUGUGAGAUCUCGUCAAGUGAAGGCUUUGUUUGCCUCAGAAGUUGUUGGUUUCUGGUGUGUCCUGAACUGAGACAAGAUGCAGGAGCAUGCAGCUAACAGGUUUAUGCAAAAGGUUUGUUCAGAAACUUGAACAUGCAACAGAAUGAGCCAUAUGACCAGUAGCAGACCAAACACAAAAUACAUUUGUGUGUGUCUCACGACUUGUGUAGAAAACCAAAAGAACCCUCAAUGAGCACAAAAUGUUUGUUGAAACUUUAUUGAAUACACAGUCCCAUGGAAUUCGGUUAAUGGGCCACAAUAAUGCAGUAAUGAUUCCAUAAUGAUGAAAAAUAAAAGUACAAAAUUUGAACUUAAAUGUGGAAGCACGAAAUGGGCCACAAAAUAAAGAUUGCUAUCAAGAUUUUAACAUAAUGUUGAUUUUUUUUUUAAAGUACUCAAUUUUACAGUGAGUUGUAGUGCCUACUACAAAAAUCACAGAGGCUGACGCCAAUUGCAUCCGGAUUGUGACAAAAUAAAUGUGAUAUAGCAAACAUAAAUUGUUCUGAGGCAGCAUAGUGAACCUACAAAAAUGACCAAUAUUCUGUAUUCUCACUGUGGUUUUGUGUGUAUUGCUUAUAGCAUUUGCAUUGAGGUAAUUGUGAGUUAAGUUGUUUUUGUAGUAAUGCUGACAAGCAAGUCUGUAAAUAACUACUGGUUGUAUAAUUGCAUUGUGUACUUUAUGCACAGUACUAUUUAUUGUGUAAAAAAAACAAAAAAAAAAACUGCACGGGUUUGUCACUUUGAUCUUCUGGUUCUGAAUGUCAUUGAUUUUGGCCUCUUGCUUUGUUCCAAAGAUCAAAUUGUGUGGGUUUUCAGUCACAUGGAGUUUGGCUCAACUUCUGCAAAGUCCCAGUUCAAAAUUGGAUUUGCGCAUAUAAAUGUGGAGUAUAUUAGAGAUGAUGUUUGUCCUGCACAUUUGUGUGUUAUGCGUGGAGGCCUUAGCCCAAAUGUGCAACUUCUCGGCCGGGGUGUAUGUUAAGUAAGGUAUUAUAUAUGGGCGUAUUCAAGCCAUGUAUUUUGAAAGCGCUAUUUCGUGUCAAGCCUCGAUCUGACAAGAUUUUUGGUGCUUUCAAAUUUUCAAUACUGCUUUGAAAGAGUUGACAACAAUGGACCAAUCAACUAGUUUAUACUGGAAUCUCUAAAUUUGGUUGCUGAUGAUGGAAUGAUGCCACGACAAAAGUAUUCGCCAGAAAAGUCAACUUUGGUACAUUUGUUACUGCGUCCUCAUCUGUCAACAAAGUUAGGUUAUUUUUGUGAUGAAGUGGUUAAUGCAUCAAGUCGUCAUCUUCAGCAAUCCUCCAUCAUUACGUUCAUAUUUGUCAGGUGUCCGUCACGUACCAUCAAAGCUAAACGUGAGAAGACAGUUGCUUUUUUUUAGGAUUAGAUUGUACACAGGCCACUUUUAAACUUGUGUGAAAGUUUAGAAUGUGGCACAGACCUUGGACUUUGUAAAUGUAAAACACUUUAACUACGUACGUGUUCCGUUGUUUGUGGACAGUGUUUCACUCCACCUCUUUGUUUGAUUUGGGGGAAGAGUCCAGCCUAGAAGCUUCAAAAACAGCUGAGGUGUUUCUAAGUGUUUGUUUGGGUGAACAGGACAGCAAGGAUACAACAGAGGUAAGCAGUUAUGGUUGGGCUUUGCUUUAUUACAAGGAAUAUUAUUAUUAUAAUUAUUAUUGUAAGACUGUCCGGUCGGUGUCCA